CCCUACCACCAGAAAUGGAGCUCACGGUCCCACCCCCACUCCUGUACCGUGACAUGGGCCUGCUGAUUGGCUCUUAGUCAGGAAGUUGCUUCCGUUACCGGAUGCGGCCCUCCAGGGGCGGGUACUAACGGGUCAGAGGUCAACUGAGCGGCAGAAGCUGUCUGGGGGUUGCAGCUCGGUUGCUGUAGGCACGCGAAGUACGAGAGGGUAGAGUUGUCCUGCUGGGGAGGAUCCGGAACCACGCAAGAGUUCCUUAACCGAGAGGCGCCAGGCCUGUGACCGUGCACGGGAACAGCACUGCAGCCCAGGCCCCAGCCAGCCUGGAGAGAAAAGACCUGAGGCGGCGGCCCUUGGGCUGUAUCACCGGCUCCCAGCACUGGGAAGAGCCCUGGGGCACAGCAUUCAGCAAAGAGCCUCCUCCACAGCCAAGGCUUGGUGCGACAGAUAUGAAGAGUUUGUUGGACUCAAUGAGGUUCGAGAGGCCCAGGGAAACGUGACUGAGGCAGAGAAAGUAUUCAUGGUGGCUCGUGGGCUUGUCCGAGAGGCUCGGGAGGACUUGGAAGUUCAGCAGGCCAAGCUAAAGGAGGUGAGGGACCGCUUGGAUCGUGUCUCCAGGGAGGACAACCAGUACCUGGAACUGGCUACUCUGGAGCACAGGAUGCUGCAGGAGGAGAAGAGGCUUCGCAUGGCCUAUCUGCGUGCAGAGGACGCUGAGCGAGAGAAAUUUUCCCUCUUCUCUGCUGCUGUGCGGGAAAGUCAUGAGAAGGAGCGCACAAGGGCUGAGAGGACCAAGAACUGGUCCCUCAUUGGGUCAGUCCUGGGAGCCCUGAUUGGUGUGGCUGGCUCUACAUAUGUGAACCGUGUACGGUUACAGGAGCUGAAGGCCUUGCUCCUGGAGGCACAGAAGGGGCCUGUGAGUCUCCAAGAGGCCAUCCGAGAACAGGCGUCUAGCUACUCCCUCCAGCAGAGAGACCUCCAUGACCUCAUGGGGGACCUGAGGGGUCUGGUGCAUGCUGGGCUGGGGCAGGGCUCUGGGUCACGGGCAGAUACUUCCCCUACCCAGGACAGAAACACAGAUGUCCUUUCAGCUGCAUUGGAAGAGCAGCUCAGUCAUUCCAAGCAGGUCCAUUCAUGUCUAGAGGGUUUACAAGAGCAGCUUGAUGGCCUGGAAAAGACUUUCAGCCAAGUGGCCGGGGUGGUUCAACUUGCAAAGUCUGCAGCACAUACAGGCCCAGUGGAGCCAGGAGACAAGGCUGUGCCCAGCUCCUUGCUGGAGCAGGGGAGCAUGAUCUUGGCACUGUCAGAUAUGGAGCAGAGGCUAGAAGCCCAAGUCAACAGGAACACCAUCUUUAGCACGCUGGCCACCUGUUUGACAUUUGUGGCCACACUGCCUGUGCUCUACAUGCUGUUCAGGUCCAGCUAGCCCCUGGACUCUCCUUCAGAGGGUCUGAGGGGGUAGUUGUGAAUGUGGAUUUAGUUAGAGAAUCCCAGCAAUGAAGUGAGCCUUUGGGGGCAUACACAACCUGAGUCUGAGCACCAUCUGUGUGGCUCACCAGCAGGCAUACUUUUCUGUGUAAGCAGCGCUCAUUUACAUUAGUUAUCAAAACUUUGUGCUAAUGUCCAAUUAAAAUGUCUUAGAGAUUUUAUUAUUUAAAAAUGAU